GAGGGAUGCCAAAUAGCUUUUGCUGCUUUGUUAGCUGGGUUGAGAUAAGAAAAGGAAACUAAACAGCAAAGAAAAAAAAAGAAUUUUACCAGCUUGGCAAUCGGGUACAGCUUUUGUAUGUAGGUCUCGCGAAGAACACUGAUACGCAUCCCAGAUACGGCACAAGCUCUCCCAAGCCCAGACUUAUACACUGCGAACCCACCAUAGCUGCGUGCUGUCUGUCACGCUUGAAAUCCAUUCCCUCUUUCUCUUCUUCUCUUGUCUUGUUCACUUCUGUUCUCCAUUCAAAAAACAUCACAUACCACAACACACAACAUGCAAGACUCACUCAAUGUGGCUGCUGCUGCCGUCUCGGCUGAGCCUACUCCCAGACACUCCAUGACCUCUACAUCCUCAGCGCCAGAUUCCACACCGCGCUACCGCUUUCGCAGCUACCGCUUGGCCGCUGGCAAGAUGGAAAAGCCGUGGCUCGAGGACAAGCGCAUCAAGAAGACGCGCAUCAACAACAUCAUUGUCCUUACGCUUGUCUUCCUGGGCUUCGCUGCGGCCGGUGUCCUCGUCUACUUCCUCUCCAAGCCCUAUGUGCAAGGCGACUACUGCCUCGUCUACGAGGACAACUUCAAGACGCUCGACAAGUCUGUCUGGACGCACGAGGUGCAGCUUGACGGCUUUGGUAACGGCGCUUUUGACUGGACCACCACCGACGAGAAGAACUCGUACGUCGACGCCGAGGGCCUGCACAUUGUGCCCACGCUCACCAACCAGACCACCAGCAUCACCUCAGACCAGCUCUACGCCAACUACACGCUCGAUCUCACCAAGGACGGCAGCUGCACCAGCAAGGCAAACUCGAGCUGCGUCGUCACCUCUGACCCCGUCAAGGGCAAGAUGAUUCCCCCUGUCCGCUCGGCCCGUCUGUCCACCAAAGGCCGCAAGAGCAUCCGCUACGGUCGUGUCGAAGUCGUUGCCAAGAUGCCCAAGGGUGACUGGCUGUGGCCCGCCAUUUGGAUGAUGCCUGAAAACGACACUUACGGUGUCUGGCCGCGCUCUGGCGAGAUUGACAUUGCCGAAUCACGCGGAAACGGCCGUGACUACCCCGAAGGCGGCCGCAACUGGUACUACGGAACGCUUCAUUGGGGUCCUACACACGCCAGCGACGCCUACUGGAAGACGAGCAAUGCCAACAAGAUCCGCCGCGGUACUUUUGCCGACGGCUUCCACACGUACGGUAUGCAGUGGACGCCCGACUACAUCUACUUCUACAUCGACUCGCGCGUCCACCAGAUUGAAUUUAUCGGCUUCGACAAGCACAAGCCGCUCUACGAUCUGGGCAACUUUGCCAAGCAGACCGACGAGAACAACACGCUGCUUGAUAACCCAUGGGCCAAGAGCACGUCGACUACCGGCAACGCGCCGUUUGACCAAAAGUUUUAUCUGAUUCUCAACCUUGCGGUUGGUGGUACUAAUGGCUGGUUUAAGGACAAGGUUGGCGACAAGCCUUGGAUUGAUGAUGCUCAGAACGCCCAGUGGACGUUUUGGAACGCUGCCAAGUCUUGGUUGCCUACCUGGGGCGAGCCUAAUGAGCGCGGUAUGACGGUCAAGUCUGUCAAGAUGUGGCAGGCUGGUGCUUGUGGCUCUCCCGAGUUGUAGACUUUUUGUCUUGGAGGAAUAAUAGUUCCUAGCAUGGCCACGAUUUACGUCUGUUUUUUUUUUGCCUUUGGAAUAUACCAUAGCCGUUACUUUAGAUUGUACGCACGCAUUGCAUUUAUAGAAUAAUUAAUUUGACAUUUCUUUUAUGAAG